AUGACACGCCCCCCCACCAUGUGCCACCACAUCACCACGCGCUACACGUGUGGGCACAGCUUCCUCCCCUCGCCCGACGACCCGCCGUGCACGCGCAGCCACGCCGAGCACCAGGGGGUGCUUAGUUACUUCAAGGCUAAGAAGACGGGCGAGAUCUGUCCGGGGUGUAGGACGGGGCGGAGGUUGAUUAGGGAGGGGGAGGCACGGGAGUUGGUGGAUUGGGAGGUUUUGAGGGCGAAGAGUGGCGGUGGAGGUGGGAGUGGGGGGGAGGUGGGGAAGGCGUUUUAG